AUGAGGCAAUAUACCCGACCUUUAUUGUCAACCACCGUUGUUCUCCUUCAACAUCUUGCGAAAAUGCUGCGAAACCUUACCCUGGACGACUAUUCGCCAUUCAUACAAUAUGAUUCAUCGUGGGUCGAUGCCAACAUUACAACCGAUGGUAGGAUGAAUUACCAAAACUCAACGUUUCGUCAAACAAAUAUUUAUGAUGCAAAGGCGAGUCUAAUAACCGGUAGCACCAGUUGUUGUUCUGCUGAACUGUUUCUAACCGGCUUUCUCAAACAGGCAACAAUCACAUUCAGAGGCUCUGGUUUAUACAUAUAUGGAGCAAAGCGAACAGAUCAUGGUCUCUACCAGAUCACGGUGAACAACGAGCCGCCCAUGGCCGGCAACGGAUACUCCGGUGGAUCAAAUAUUUAUCAGACUCUCCUGUUUGGUCGGUCGAAUCUCCGGAAUCAACCCAACACGGUCGUGCUGCAAAAUAUACCUGACUCUGGAAGGUCUUGGCUCGAUAUUGAUUAUGUUGUGAUCACCUAUGAGACAGAUACAGAUACUUCUGAGUCUGUGGACAUUGACAGCGGAAAAUUCACCUACUCUUCUGAAUGGGAUACCGAAAUCAUAUCAGGUUACCGUACAUCCGUGCCCUAUGUCACGCGCACUGCAGGAGCAACAGCAACACUUGACUUUCAGGGCUCAGAAAUAACACUAUACGGAAGAACCGGACCAAAUUUCGGGAUGUUCCGAGUUCAAGUGGAUAAUCAAGAGGCCUUGACGUUGAACGCCACCAGGGAGAACUCUUAUCCUCCAACGGUUCUCUAUACAACCAACGGACUUUCGGCAGGAAAACAUACGAUAACUUUGACGAACUUGGAGGCUAACAAAGCUUUGGCAGUCGAUUACGCCACUUGUAUCCCUCACGCCGGCUCCCCCAGUAGCCCCAAAGUUUUGAGCCCCGGUGCGAUUGGUGGAAUAGUUGCAGGCACUAUGAUAGUGCUUGGCAUAUUUGUAUUGGGAUGGCACCUACGUCGCAGGCGUAAGCAUCGCUACCAAGGUGUAUCGUCCGUGCCAAGGUCGGAAAAUGUACCAGUCAACUACCAAUGGGACCAUUACGACCCGCACAUAUCGCUCAGCAGCAAUCAAAUUCAGCCUCCUCUUGGAUACGUCCAUCUCCAGCCGAUGCCUUCCACAAACGCGCACAGGAACUUUGCUUCAAGGAAACCUGGUACUGGAGAGGGACCGCCUCGGCCACCAGCAAGUACAGUGUUGGGGUCUGAGACGCAGUCUAGCUAUGACUCGCAAAACGAUACUUUAGUCACAAGGGAAGCUAAUGAUGGGCACUUUGUUCACGAGACAGAUGUGAGGUCACUUCCACCCAUGUACAAUCAGGUUAGUUCUUCAAAGCUUUUAUGCUGCAAGUAG